AUGUCCAGUAUUGACAAGGCGCUUAGGCUUCUUAGAAACUACCCUCGGGUGUGUCUGUUCAAUAUUGCUGACCUACCACGCAGCCGGCCCCCACGCUAUCAUGGUUUGAACCGGAAGAAGAAGGGACUGGGUCAUCGCGGAAUGAGCCAGUUCCAAGCGUGGCCACCUCUCGGGCAAGUGGGCCAGAAAAUGCCAUUUUAUCUAAGUGUACCUAAAGAGCCAUACAACACGGACGUUGCUUCUAGAAGAUCACUUUGCAGAAUAUCUCUCUUAGAACUUCAACGUAUGAUUGAUCUUGAUCGCAUCGACCCACGGGAACCGAUAGAUCUGACAACAAUUUGCAACACUCACUUGUACAAACUUGAUGGUUGUGAUAUCUUCGUUACACCAGUCAAUAUUGAAGUUCAAUAUGCAAGUGAGCCGGUAAUUGCAGCAGUGGAGCGUGCUGGUGGAGUAAUCACAACAAGGUUCUAUGACCUGUUCUCUGUAUGGGCAAAAUGCGAUCCAGCAUCUUUCUUCAAACGAGGAUUUCCCAUACCAAAGGCCAAACUGCCUCCUCCCGAUGCAGUACCAUACUACGCAAGCGCCGAAAACAGAGGGUAUUUGGCUGAUCCAGAGGAGCUGGCUGCGGCCCGCUUAUGGCUGGCCCAAAAGUACGGCUACUCGUUGACAGACAGAGCUUCCCAGUCGGAAGAUAUGCGGACCUUAAUGUCAAUACGCAAACACCCGAGACAAAUUUUCCUUGGGCUUGAUCCAGGCGAUCUUGUCAGCUUGGCCGAUGAGGUUGUGCUAAAACCACAUCAUGAAACGGAAGAAGAACAGAAUCGAUGAACUGUGGUGAUUGGUGGAAUUAAUUAUGGUCUGCCUGUCUAGCCCGAGUAAAUUGUACAUUCAUAUUCCGCUUUCAUUUCUGAAUGGGAGUGUAUGGUUUGUCGCAUCGGAGUAGCACCCAUGGCUGGUUGAUAUCUUGUUAUUCUCUGGAACGCCUUCAUUGUCCGGCUCAACUCCCAUGUAGCUGUUUGUAUGCGGCAGAGGUUGCUUUUCCA